GUGUGAGCGCGAGCGGUGUGCGAUUAUAAACGAGUGAUUGGAUGAGAGUAGGGGAAAAUGUUAAAUCGUGUUUAUAUAUUGGAUAAUGGAGCAUGUAGCGCGAAAGUAGAAUUCUCGGAUAGCGAGAAACCAAGAAUUGUUCCAAACUGUAUAAUGAAGGCUAAAAGUGAACGAAGGAGGCCUUUUAUUGGUGCCCAAGUUGAAGAAUGCAGAGAUGCUUCUGGACUUUUUUAUAUUUUGCCUUUCCAAAAGGGAUAUUUAAUCAACUGGGAUGUACAAAAGAAUGUGUGGGAUUACAUUUUCAGUAAUGAGUGCUGCCCAGUGAAUUUUAGUGAAACACCUUUGGUAGUUACAGAACCAUACCUGAACUUUAGCUCCAUCCAGGAAGCAAUGACUGAAAUAUUCUUUGAAGAAUAUGAGUGCCAGGCUCUCUUGAGAAUUAAUGCUGGUGACCUGAGCAGUUAUCACUACAGCAAAGAAAACCCUGCUGCUCUUUGCUGCCUGCUUGUAGAUUCUGGUUAUAGUUUUACCCAUGUUGUACCUUACAUAAAGGGUAAAAAACUGAAGCAGGGUAUAAGAAGAAUUGAUGUGGGUGGAAAAGUAUUGACAAAUCAUUUGAAGGAAAUAAUUUCUUACAGACAGCUUCAUGUUAUGGAUGAGACUUAUGUUGUGAAUCAAGUUAAAGAGGAUUCAUGUUUUGUCUCACAAAAUUUUUAUAAAGAUAUGGAAAUAGCAAGCAAAAGAGGUCCAGAGAACACAAUAAUUCGUGACUAUGUGCUUCCUGAUUACACAACUUUACGAAGAGGUUACUUGAAGCCCCCAAGUGAAAAUCUCGAUGACGGAGAGCAGCAAUGUCUCCGUUUAACCAAUGAACGAUUUGCUGUGCCUGAGCUUCUAUUCCACCCAUCUGAUGUUGGUAUAACCCAGAUGGGUAUUCCAGAAGCUAUUGUGCAUAGUAUAUCUUCUUGCCCACCAGAAACACAUCCCCAUCUUUACAACAACAUUCUGCUGACCGGUGGAUGUACACUGUUCCCAGGAUUUCGGGAACGUGUGGAGCAGGAAGUUCGUUGUCUAGCUCCUAUUGACUACGAUGUCAAAGUCACACUUCCUUCAGAUCCUGUCACGUAUGCAUGGUAUGGUGGCACACUGCUGACAAAGGAUCCAGAAUUUAAUACUACACUUGUAAUGAGAGAUGAAUAUGAGGAAGAAGGGAUGAAUGUUUGUAUUGAUAAAUUUGAUGUUUGAUGUGAAUAUAAAAAGUGGUGUGUCCAGUGAACUACUGAGUAAGAUUAUAAAUCUGUACAAUGAUGAAUAAAGGUUUUAUAUAUUUUUUA